AUGUGCCAGAGCUGUCAGCGUCGAGGGAUUCUCUGCGAAGGCUAUGUAUUGCGCUGGACCGGGGUCGCCGCGCGUGGCCGGUUUGCGGGAAAGACGAUCCCUCUCGAGAAUCCUAGCGGAACCGUAUCAAACGAGUCUGGUCCACUCAAGGGCGUAGACCACGGAUAUUUCACUUCCACUGACAGGCUGGCGAAGGCUCCAGUCAUCCAGAAGUUCGGCUCCGCCGGUGAUAUCGAGGAAGAGUUGAUCCAGUAUUAUGCCCAUGAACUCAGUUCAGUCUUUUACCUUGGAGCAACACCGACUGAGAGCCCAUAUCUCUUACAUGUUAUCCCCUUGACUCGAGAGGUGCUCCCUCUUCGAUAUGCAGUGGCGGCGUCCGCUGCCUGCCAUUUGGCUGCUCGCCGCCGGGACGAUGUUCUGGAAACUCAAAGUCGCGAAUUGCGACUGAAGGCAGUUAGCCUCUUGCGCUCCAGACUUGGAGACAAGAAAUUGUCAACAGAUUUUGGCACCCUGGCUAGCAUAGUAAUGAUGGUACAGCUGGACCUCUGCUCAGGCGACUGUGUCGAGUUUGACACGCAUGUGCCGGCCGCUAAAGCCCUGGUCGAGCAGCAUGGAGCUGACAAGACAAGCAGAAAGUUCUUCGAACAGAGGCUGGCGUGGUUAGACAUCCUACGGUCCACCACUUCUUCACGAUUUCCGACGUUUUCAUCCGCAGAGAUCAAAAGCACAAUCGACCAGUUUCGAUCCGAUCAAGGCCGAGAAUGGGGAUGUGACGUUUUCCCAUGUCCGAUUGACUUGUUCGAAUACGUUGCAGACAUCACAAUGUUGUACAAGUUACAGUAUACUUCUGCGGACACACCUUCCGCCAACACUGUCCGUCAAGCAACUCGGCUUGGACAACAGGUUAGAAACUGGCGGCCGUCAACUGCUUAUUCCCCUCUGACUGCCCAUGUCGUGAAUGCCUGGCAGAGUGGGAUCAUCCUCUACGUGAUGAGGUUGUUUCGCCUCCCAACGGACGACAUAUUUGACGUGGAGUGCUUGAAGAGUGCCAUAUUCGGCUAUGCUAAUAGCGUGCCAACGGCGAGCAGGUGGGGUUUCUCAAUGUUGUGGCCUCUGUUCCAGGCAGGGCUCUAUAUGAACGAUGAACAGAUUGAACAGCGAGAAUGGCUCAGACAGCGGUUGGAGAUGAUGUUUAGAGCAGUCGGCUGUAGACAGUUUGGAAUUGCACUCGACACUUUGAAUUUCGUCUGGGACAGCCACGAAUACUAUAACUCUAUCACGGCAGGCGAACUUAAGGGGCCUCUCAUGCUGUCGUGA